AUGCCUAGGAGCUCAGCUGCUGCUGCUGCUGCCCUUACAAAUGGAGCAGGACUCUCCGGGGCGGACCUCUUCUUCUUCCUGUGCUUCGUCCUCGCCUCUCUCUCCGUGAUCUCAGUUAUAUCGUUUGCCUGCGGAGAUAAAGGAGACUCUGACAGCCCUCAUGGCAAGAAGAAGAGUAAGAAAGGCGGUGGCGUCGGAUAUUAUUCCGCUGCUGCUGCUCCUCCUGAUGCAGGUGGCGGCGGGCACCACGUAGGUGGAGGCAGGCACCACGGAGGUGGAGGUGGCUGCGGCGGUGGAGGCGGGCACCACGGAGGUGGAGGCGGCUGCGGCGGUGGAGGCGGGCACCACGGAGGUGGAGGCGGCUGCGGUGGUGGAGGCGGGCACCACGGAGGUGGAGGCGGUUGCGGCGGUGGAGGCGGUCAUCACUAA